UGCUUAUGACUGCUUCUGUGCUGCAGGGUCACAAAUGUUCACUGAAUCUGUAUCGAUCCUUCACGAGCACGCGCCUCACAAGCCAGCGCGCGCUCCCGACGCUCUCUCCUCCUCUCCGGAGCGCGCAGAAUCGGCGGAGAGAGUCAGACACAGACACCGAGAGAGAGAUGCAGCAGAGCGGCGCGUUCGGCGCGGCCAGAGCCGGCGGAGCCUUCGAGCCGCUCGCCUUCAUCCAGCAGCCGCACACCGGCCUCCGGAUCGUGUCCUGGGUACGCUCCGUUAUCUCCAGCGAGAGAGACAGCAGCUCUUCUCGUUGGUGAUCUUCGGCUGUAUCGCUAACGAGGGCUACGUCAACAGGCCCGAUGAGGUCGAGCAGUUCUGCGUCUUUAACCGGAACCAGAACGCCUGUAACUACGCGGUCAGCAUGGGCUCGCUGGCCUUCCUGAGCUGCAUGGCCUUCCUGGCUUUAGAUGCCUAUUUCCCACAGAUCAGCAGCGUCAAAGAGCGCAAGAGAGCCGUGCUGGCCGACGUGGGGACCUCAGCGUUCUGGUCCUUCGUUUGGUUCGUGGGCUUCUGUUUCUUGGCCAAUCAGUGGCAGGUGGCCAAACCGGAGGACAACCCGCUGCGGUCGGGCGGAGACGCGGCGCGGGCCGCCAUCACCUUCUCCUUCUUCUCCAUCUUCACCUGGGCGGUUCAGGCCGUCCUGGCGUUUCGGAGGUACAAGCUGGGUGUGGAUUCGGUUCUGUUCUCGCAGGACUACAUCGACCCGAGCCAGGACGCCGUGCCGUACAGCUCCUACAGCGGCGGAGACGCUCCGGAGAGUCCCGGAGGAACCGGGUUCUACCAGCAGGACGGUGACGGCGUGUUUGACGGGUCAGCGGGGUACCAGCGGCAGGAGCACUGACCCGCAGCAGGGUCACGGCACCAUUCUCUAAAACUGUCCCGGCUGCACGAAUAUAGACUGAUUUAUAUUCAACAUGGGGUUAUAAGUGUAAACAGAGUUACACCUCACAGUUUUUUUCAACUGCUUGCACACAUUUUCAACACUUUGUUUUUUUGUACACACAAAUCCAAGAAUUGCACAUAAAAUGCAAAAUGCCUCGCAUCUCUUGCAAAAUGAAGCACUGCAUUCAAAAUAUCACAAACACGUCUCAAAAGCAAACACCUUUGCCAUAAUAUUAAUUCCUGUUAGAUUUGUGUGUGUUACGUAGAGAAUUGUGUGCUGUGGUUUGCAAAAAGUGUUUUAUGAAAUUGAAAACUGAGUCAAAGGCUGAGAAUCAGUGUCUGGUUUUGCAGGUUUGGUGUGUGCUUCUGCGGUUUGAGUGACAGCUUUCAGAAACUGUGACGAGGAAAGAUUCUGUGUGUAAGCAGCUGAAAAAAACUAAUAUUAAUGUGCUCACACUCUCAAAAAUAAAGGUUCUUUAUCGGCAUUCAUUGAACAAAAGGUCCUUUAUAGUGGAAGAACAUUCUUUAGUUUAUUAAAAUGUUCUUUACACUAAGAAAAAAAAAUACUUUUAAGAAUUGAUCACUGAAAGGUUCUCAGAUAACAAAAGCAUUAAGUUAUGAAAAUUUUAUUUCUGAUUGUUCACUAAACAUUCAAAACGUUCAGUUUUAAAAAUGUUUUGGUUGUGCAAACGUUAAGGGAAUGUUCCAUUUCAUCGAUUGGCAAACAUUAUGCGAAUGUUACUUUUAAAUGUUCUCUGAACGUUCUAAAACAAAUAGUAGCAAACAUUAGAUGAACAUCCAACUAAAACUUUCAGAAAUACAACAUUCCAUGUAUGAUGUAUGAAUAAAGUUUUUGUGCUAAUGUAUCUUAGAACAUUAUUAAAGACCAAAUCGUUAAAAAAAAAGCAUAAAAAUGUU